AUGGACUUUCUGAUUUCUCUGGACUUCUCACAGCCCAGAUCUCUGCCCAAUGGACUCUUCUUCCUUACCCACCUCCUCAUCCUCAUUGUUCCUGCGCAUCUGGUCCUAGAGGAAGUAAAGGUGAUAGGCCCUGAGGACCCCUUUCUGGCCCUUGUCGGGGAAGAAGUGGAGUUCUCAUGCCACCUGUCUCCCUACCUGGAUGCCGAGCACAUGGAAAUCCUCUGGUUUCGGAGCCGAACCUCUGACGUGGUCCACGUGUACCAGGAGCAGCAGGAGCUCUCCCACAGGCAGAUGGCAGAGUUUCAGAACAGAACUACAUUCAUCAAGGAUGACAUCAGGGACGGAAGUGUGAGCCUGCAGCUCCACAGCAUCGUCCCUUCUGAUGAGGGCAGCUAUGGAUGCCGCUUCAGCUCCAGCAGCUUUGCUGGGGAAGCCGUAUGGGAGUUGGAGGUAGCAGGAUUGGGCUCAGACCCUCAUAUCUCCCUUGAAGGCUUCAAGGACGGAGGCAUUCACCUGAGGUGCACCUCCAGUGGUUGGUACCCUAAGCCCAAGGUUCAAUGGAGAGACCAUAAUGGACAGUGUCUGUCUUCUGAGGCUGAAGACAUCAUCCAGGAUGCCCAGGGUCUAUUCAGUCUGAAAACAUCUAUGAUCCUCCAAGAAAGAAUCCAGAGCAAUGUGUCCUGUUCCAUUCAGAACCCUCUGCUCGUUCAGGAAAAAGACUUCGUGAUCCAGAUAGCAGAUGUUUUUUUACCUAGAACUUCCCCCUGGAAAGCAGCUUUCCUUGGGAUUCUGGCCAUACUACCACUGCUCCUGGCUCUCCUCACGAUACUGGUACUGUACUUCUUUCAGAAGCAAUGGAAAACUCAAGAGAACUUAAAGAAGCAGGCAGAGAAGGAAAAAGGUAAACUUACAGCAGAGCUGGAGAAGCUUCAGAUAGAGCUUGACUGGAGAAGGGCUGAAGGCCAGGCUGAAUGGAGAGCAGCACAAAAACAUGCAGCGGACGUGACCUUGGAUCUGGCCUCUGCACACCCCAGCCUGGUGAUUUCUGGGGAUGGAAAGAGCGUGUCCUCCCGCGGAACGAUGCCAGGCCUGGCCGCUGACAACUUGGAGACGUGUGCAGAGCAGGCGUGCGUGCUGAGCCGAGAGCGCUUCACCAAGGGCUGCGCCUACUGGGAGGUGAACGUGGGCCACAGAAGCCGCUGGCUCCUGGGCGUGUGUCUGGCUACGGUGCCACAGGUGGGCCCCGCGCGCGUGAGCCCAGCCUGUGGCUACUGGGUGAUGGGGCUGUGGAACAGCUGCGAGUACUUCGUGCUGGACUCACAUCGCAUGGCACUCACCCUGCGUGUGCCUCCGCGGUGUGUGGGCGUCUUCCUAGACUAUGAGGCUGGAAAAUUGUCCUUCUUCAACGUGUCUGACGGCUCUCACAUCUUCACCUUUACGGACACCUUCUCAGGACCACUCUGUGCAUACUUCAGGCCCAGGUCCCAUGAUGGACACGAACCCCCAGAUCCCAUGACCAUCUGUCCCUUGCCCAUGAAAGGGACUUUCAUCCUUGAAGACGACAACAAUGACACCUGGUUACAGCCCUAUGAUCCCACAGACCCUGCCUUGGGCCUGUGGUGA